CUUCCAAACCAGUUUUGUGGACUUGUUCUUUGAUUUCUUCGGUUAAGUCCACCGGCCAAAUGUCAUCAUCAUAUACCUCACCUCUUUCUCAUUCUCUCUUCCAUUAAUGGUUUAGGUUUGCUUUUUCCACCUCUCUCUCUCUCUCUCUCUCUCUCUGCCUGCUGUCUUCUCAAACAGUUUCUUGUGGCUUGGUAGGUUGUGCCGUUGGGGUCAUGGGCCCUAUUUUCCACCCAAGAUUUCAAUGGUGAGAGAAGGGGGAGUCUAUCUCUUCAUUGCUUUUUCUUUCCCCAUUUUCUUGAUGUUUCACAUUUGUGUACUAGGGUUCUUGGGAGGAUAAAGAAUUGAGUUCUAUGUCUGUGUCUCUCUCUCUGUCUCUCUCUCUCUCUGAAUUCAUGAAAUUGGUAUUUUUUGAGGUUUUUGCUUUCUGGGUUUUGAUUUUUAGACAUGGGUUUUGAAGAUUGAGCAGUGUUGAGUUUUUGUUUUGAUCAGCUUCUGUUGACUGUAUAGUCUUCUAGUUUUCUGCAUCUGAAGUAGGCUUAACCUUUGAUUCUUGAAUUAGGACUUCUCAUUUUCUUGGUGAAUUGUUGGGUUUUGGAUUGUUUUAAGUUAUUUUUUAGAUAGGAUUUGGAUUACCCGAGGUGGGUUUUCAAAUCUGAAGAGGUUGUGGGUAUCAGGUAAUCGAUUGGUUCUUUGGUUUUCCAAUCUGAGAAUUGUGAUAUUAUACUCUUCCAGAAACUCAAUGCAGGAUUCAAUUUCAGCUUGUAUGCUUGGUUUUUAAUAUUCAAGGAUGAUUAUUGAGAGAUAGGUAUUUGACAUUUGAGGUGUUUUUGAAGUUGGAUGUUUUAAGACAUGGACAGGAUGAUUCAGCCACCUUUGGUUGAUACAACAGCAUGUUUCUGUAGAGUAGAUGUAGGUUUCAAAACUGUUGCUGGAGCAAAGAAAUAUGUUCCUGGUACAAAGCUAUGUCUUCAGCCCAACAUUAAGCCAUCCAUUCAUCCUACCAGGCAGAAGCCAGCACGGGGCGACAGAAACAGGAAUCAAUCCCCUCUGCUCCCGGGACUCCCCGAUGAUCUCGCCAUAGCUUGCUUAAUCCGAGUGCCACGAGUUGAGCACAAUAAACUCCGCUUAGUCUGCAAAAGAUGGAAUCGCCUUUUGGCCGGUAACUUCUUCUACUCACUUCGAAAGAGCCUUGGAAUAGUAGAAGAAUGGAUCUAUGUCAUGAAGAGAGAACGAGACGGAAAAAUCUCAUGGCAUGCCUUCGACCCCAUAUACCAGCUUUGGCAGCCUCUCCCUCCUGUCCCAAAAGAAUAUUCCGAGGUCCUAGGGUUUGGAUGUGCCGUUUUAAGCAGUUGUCACCUUUAUUUAUUCGGCGGCAAAGACCCAAUCAAGGGUUCGAUGAGACGGGUAAUUUUCUAUAGCGCACGUACUAAUAAAUGGCAUCGUGCUCCGGAUAUGCUUCGGAGGCGUCAUUUCUUUGGCUCGUGUGUCAUGAACAACUGUUUGUACGUAGCUGGUGGCGAGAAUGAGGGGGUGCACCGGUCCUUGAGAUCUGCUGAAGUUUACGAUCCAAACAAGAAUCGAUGGGCCUUCAUUUCGGAUAUGAGCACAGCAAUGGUACCAUUUAUUGGAGUUGUUUACGAGGGCAAGUGGUUCUUGAAAGGGCUCGGGUCCCACAGACAGGUACUGAGCGAGGUCUACGAACCUGAAACGGAUAGUUGGUGCCCGGUUUAUGAUGGAAUGGUGACAGGGUGGAGGAACCCGUGUACUUCCCUAAACGGGAAGCUCUACGCGUUAGACUGUAAAGAUGGUUGCAAAAUUAGAAUUUUUGAUGAAAAGACGGACGCUUGGAGCAAACACAUCGAUAGUAAGAUGCAUUUGGGGAAUUCCAAGGCGUUGGAGGCGGCAGCGCUUGUCCCACUCAACAGGAAGCUCUGCAUUAUCCGAAACAAUAUGAGUAUUUCUCUGGUAGACGUUUCAAAAUCCGAUGAACAUCAAUGGGAAAUGAUCGGUGGAAAAGGGCAGUUGAAGACGUUGGUGACAAAUUUCUUGUCGAGUCUUGCUGGGAGGAACCGACUCAAGAGCCACAUUGUACACUGUCAGGUUCUUCAAGCUUGAGGAUUGUAAAUUAUGGCUUAGGAUCAGAGAACUCCUCGAUUGUCUUUAUAGCUCUCAUGAUUCGAAGGAAAGUGGUAUGCAUAGAAAUUGACAGUUGAAGACUUGACAAGCUGACAGACAAACCACCAAUUGAAGAACAUAUUUGGACCGAUUUACGAAAUCUUCUCUCGUCGAGUUGUACAGUUUUGCAACUGCAUGAUCAGGUUAGUUGGUUGAUAAAUCAUAUCAUAUGAAGAAGAAACUUAAGUUUUGCCCUAGUUUAGGGAGAGUGGAGAAAAUGAUAUGGAGUCCGCUUCAGUCUUCACCAUUGGUGUCAUGAGGUCACAGUUGAAUGACUAUAUAUAUAUAUAUAUAUCAGUUUUUAUCAGAGGCAUACUUUCAAGUACUUAAAACCAUUAAUAUCAACUUCCUUUUCUCUCUUUCUUUUCAUGUCUCAAAUCAUCUCUCUAUCUAACAAGAGUCAGAGAAGCUCAUUGUGUGGAAGCUGGUGGUUUGGUACAAAGAUGAGGAUAAAAGAUCCUGUUUUUUUUUUUUUUUCCUUACUUUUCGGCAACAAAUAAGAUUUGAGCCUUCAAUUAUUAUUAGGGUUAAAAAAUCAAUAUGAUAAAAAAUGAAAAAAAAGUACAUAAA